CUUGAAAAUAUAUAAAUGAGAAAGGGAAAUCCCAGACUCAGAAUAUAGCCAUGUCCAUGAUCUAUGCUUUGGACUGAGUGAGAACAAACUAAGAAGUAACAGAGUAGGGUUAAGUCAAACACACACAAAUACACAAUGAGCUUGUCCCUUAUUCAAGGUUAUUCUUCUGCCGAAGACGAACCGGACCAAGACCAAACCAACAAUUCCGACCUCGAACAUUCCGACGAUGCCACCGCCGCCGCCGCUUCCGUGGACCACCCUUCUCUCGGCGACAGAUCCAUCUUCAACCACCUUCCUAACCCUCCUUCUGCCUCUGGUCUUCCUUCUGCGUUCGACGCUUUCUCCGAAAUUGCAGGACCGCCCCAAUUUCUGAACAACAGCGUGGAGGAAUACAAUAGCAACCCUUCGAGAGACGAUGAUGAGCAACAUGGGAGGCAACGCAAUAGGAGGCGCCGCAAUGACAAGAAAGAUUUACCCACUGGUGCGGUAGUAGAGGCAAAACCUCAACUAAUUGGAAUUCAUGAGCGAGUAAGAAGUGACAUCGAAGGUAGCCAACCACCAACAUCAGCUACCUCUGGCACAUCAGAAGGAGUCAAGCGGGUGCCAACUGCAACAAAUCCUAAUGCUGAAGAUGCUGCAGAGCUUUUAAGAAUGUGCUUGCAGUGUGGGAUUCCCAAGACCUACUCCAGUGCUCGUGGAAUGGUGUGCCCUGUAUGUGGUGAUCGCCCUCCAAAUGAUAGCAGCACAGAGUCCAAGAAGAAAGGAUCGACUGUCAAAGAUAAAGAAAAAUCUAAAAGAAUGAAGGGCCAAUCAUCCCAUGCAACCUGGAAAAGUGAAACAGAGAUGCAACUUAGGCAACAGUUUGAUUAGCCUUAUCUUUGUUUCCUUGUAAGUUAGGUUACCAGUUACCUGGUAUAUAUAAUUUUAUGUGGAUUUUUAAAUUCACAAAUUUCGAUUAACAACGCCAACUUUGUAGCUUAAGUCAGAUUUUUGUUCGGUAAGAGAGAUCUCUUCUGGCUCUGUGGAAUAGAACCAAGUCACUGUAGUUUCUA